UGUCAGCGGCCGCCAUUGUUCCAGCUGCCCGGGUCUGGCUCUCUGCCCGGCUCGCUCCUUCCGGGUCUCCGAGGCCCGGAUCCCGGGAGUGGGGUCUCCGGGAGCUGGCGCCCUGGGCCUGUGGGUGCGAGCUGCGAUGAGCAAGCGGAAGGCGCCGCAGGAGACCCUGAACGGGGGGAUCACCGACAUGCUCACGGAACUCGCAAACUUUGAGAAGAACGUGAGCCAGGCCAUUCACAAGUACAACGCGUACAGAAAAGCAGCAUCUGUUAUAGCAAAGUACCCACACAAGAUCAAGAGUGGAGCAGAAGCUAAGAAGUUGCCCGGAGUAGGAACAAAAAUUGCUGAAAAGAUUGAUGAAUUCUUAGCAACUGGAAAAUUGCGUAAACUGGAAAAGAUUCGGCAGGAUGAUACGAGUUCAUCCAUCAAUUUCCUGACUCGAGUUAGUGGCAUUGGUCCAUCUGCUGCAAGGAAGUUUGUAGAUGAAGGAAUGAAGACAUUAGAAGAUCUCAGGAAGAACGAAGAUAAAUUGAACCAUCACCAACGUAUCGGGCUGAAAUAUUUUGAGGAUUUUGAAAAGAGAAUCCCUCGUGAAGAGAUGUUACAAAUGCAAGAUAUUGUACUAAACGAAGUGUCAAAAGUGGACUCUGCAUACAUUGCUACAGUCUGUGGCAGCUUCAGAAGAGGUGCAGAGUCCAGUGGGGACAUGGAUGUUCUUCUGACCCACCCAGACUUUACCUCAGAAUCAGCUAAACAGCCAAAGCUGCUACAUCGUGUUGUGGAGCAGUUACAAAAAGUCCAUUUUAUUACAGAUACUCUGUCAAAGGGUGAAACAAAGUUCAUGGGUGUUUGCCAGCUUCCCAGUAAAAGUGAUGAAAAGGAGUAUCCACACAGAAGAAUUGAUAUCAGGUUGAUUCCUAAAGAUCAGUAUUACUGUGGUGUUCUGUACUUCACUGGGAGUGACAUUUUUAAUAAGAACAUGAGAGCUCAUGCCCUAGAGAAGGGCUUCACAAUCAAUGAGUACACCAUCCGCCCCCUGGGGGUCACUGGAGUUGCGGGAGAGCCCCUUCCAGUGGACAGCGAGAAAGACAUUUUUGAUUACAUCCAGUGGAAAUACCGGGAACCCAAGGAUCGAAGUGAAUAAGGCCGUGCUUUUCCCAGGCACAGCCCCUAGAAGUCUUAAUUUAUUUCUCAACCUUUGCUCUGUAAGGGUCUUUGGUAUUUUUAAGUGACUGCUUCUUCCAUUCUUCCUGGGCACUGUAGUCAAUAAAACCUCUUGCACUAUUGCUGAA